CAAGCUUUGUUAAUCAUGGAUAACAUUCAGGAAAAUAAAGAACCAGAAGUGAAGCGAAGUAGAAAAAAGACUAACAGUAAGCGAACCAAAUCAAAGACAUCCACAGGUUCCAAAGAUGGUAUUACUCACUCUAAGUCAGGUUCAUUGGAAGGAAAAGAUAAGGCUAAAAGUAAUCGCUCAUCACGGAAAAAACUACAAUCAAAACAAUCAACUACGAGCUUGACACCCUCUUUGUUAUUUCUUCGCGAAGAACUUAGAACUCAAUCAACCACCGAAGAAUUUGGACCCGUUAGUAAAGAAGGAAUGUGUCCACCAAAUCGUAGUGUCGGUGCCAAAAAAACCAUCGCUGUUUUCACCAGCGGUGGUGACAGUCAAGGUAUGAAUUCUGCUGUUAGAGCUGUAGUACGAACAGCACUCUACCUUGGCUGUAAAGCUUAUUUCAUCAAGGAAGGUUACCAAGGAAUGGUCGAUGGAGGUGAAUACAUCGUUGAAGCUUCGUGGAUAUCUGUCUCUGGUAUUAUUCAUAAAGGAGGUACAGUUAUUGGAAGUGCUCGUUGUGCAGAGUUUCGUGAAAGAGACGGAAGGCUUAAAGCAGCCAACAAUUUAAUUCAACAUGGAAUCAACAAUUUGGUUGUUAUCGGUGGUGACGGUUCAUUGACUGGUGCCAACCUCUUCCGACAAGAAUGGGGUUCUCUUGUUGAAGAACUUUUUUCUCAAGGAAAAAUAACUGAAGAACAGAAAACCAAAUGUAGCCAUCUUAAUGUUGUUGGAAUGGUUGGCUCAAUAGAUAAUGAUUUUUGUGGUACUGAUAUGACCAUUGGUACUGAUUCAGCUCUUCACAGAAUUUUAGAAUCAAUUGAUGCCAUUGUUACUACCGCAUCCAGUCACCAACGUACCUUCAUUCUCGAAGUUAUGGGUCGACAUUGUGGUUAUCUUGCUCUAGUUGCUGCUUUAGCCAGUGAAGCAGAUUAUGUAUUCAUUCCUGAAUGGCCACCCGAAAAAAAUUGGCCUGAGCGUCUUUGCAGGAAGCUACAACAAGAAAGAGAGUUGGGUCAGCGGUUGAACAUUCUCUUGGUAGCUGAAGGAGCCAUUGAUCGUGAUGGAAACGCUAUUACUGCAGAGUUAGUUAAAAAGGUUAUUGUUGAUAAUUUAAAACAAGACACGAGAAUCACCGUACUGGGUCAUGUACAGAGAGGAGGCAGCCCUAGUGCUUUCGAUCGUAUCCUUGGAUCUCGAAUGGGAGCUGAAGCCGUUUUAGCCCUUAUGGAUGCUGCACCUGACUCUGAAGCUGUUGUUGUUUCCCUUGAUGGAAACCAAGCAGUUCGUGUACCUCUUAUGGCAUGUGUUGAAAAAACCAAAUCUGUGGCUACUGCUAUGGCUGAUAAAAGAUGGGAACAAGCAGUUAAACUUCGUGGACGCAGUUUUGAGCGUAAUCUUGAAACUUAUAAAAUGUUGACUCGUCUUCGUCCUCCAAAACUUUCUGAAGCUGACCUCCAACAACAUGGUUUCAAAGUUGCUAUUAUGCACAUUGGAGCUCCGUGUUGUGGUAUGAAUGCUGCCGUUCGCUCAUUCACUCGUAAUAUGAUUUACCGUGGAGACACAGUUCUUGGUAUCAAUGAGGGAAUUGAUGGUCUAAUGGCAGGAGAUAUCAAAGAGAUACAUUGGUCCGAUGUGACUGGAUUAGUUGCCCAAGGAGGAGCUAUUCUUGGUACUCGUCGAACCCUUGCAAGUGAUGGUGAUAAUAUGAGUAAAAUUGUGGCUAAAAUUGUUGAAUUUGGUAUUCAAGGAUUACUAAUCAUUGGUGGAUUCGAGGCCUUCCACUCAGCUCUUCAAAUGGCUAAAAGUCGCUCUCAAUUUCCCGAACUAAAUAUACCAAUCUGUGUUAUUCCAGCCACUAUAAGCAAUAAUGUCCCAGGUUCAGAGUUUUCACUGGGAGCUGAUACAGCUGUAAAUGAAAUUACCGAAAUCUGUGAUCGAAUCAGGCAAUCAGCUCAAGGAACCAAAAGAAGAGUUUUUAUUGUUGAAACAAUGGGUGGUUAUUGUGGUUAUCUGGCGACACUUGCUGGUCUUGCUGGUGGUGCUGAUGCUGCUUAUAUUUAUGAAGAAAAGUUCACAAUAAGAAAUUUAAUGGAAGAUGUUUAUCAUAUGCAAUCAAAAAUGGAAGAAGGUGUUUCAAGAGGUUUAAUUUUAAGAAAUGAGAGUGCAAACUCCAACUAUUCAACAGACUUCAUUUACCGACUUUAUUCAGAAGAAGGAAAAGACAAAUUCACUACAAGAAUGAAUAUUUUGGGUCAUAUGCAACAAGGAGGUUCACCUUCUCCUUUUGACCGUAACUUGGGUACUAAAAUGGCAGCCAAAGCAGCUGAUUGGUUGAUUGUUCAACUGACAACUGGAAAUAAAGCAGCAAGAGAAUCAGUUGCAUUGUUAGGACUGAUUCGACGUCAAUACAAAUUCACUCCAAUUUUAGAUUUAGAAGCUGAAACUGAUUUCAGUCACAGAAUUUCUAAGAAACAAUGGUGGCUUAAAUUGAGACCUCUCCUUCGAAUGUUGGCUCAACACGAUUCGAACUAUGAAAAAGAGUCUGAAGUUGGUCCAGCCGAACCUGAAGACAUUGAAUUUCUCUAAUAAAAUUCUUUGUUUUUCUUUUUUUCCAUUUUCCUCCUUUCCUUGUCACUUUCCCAUUUCCCCUUCACUUGUCCACUCUUCACUUAUUAGAUUUACACCUAAUCUCUAUUUGCACUGACCAUUGAGUAUGCUUAUUACCCCUUUUGGUUCAUUUCGUGAGAUGCAGGGAAUUUAAUUUUUGCGCCCUUCCUCCUCAACGUUUGUGGAUUAAGGAACCGAAGUCCUAAGGACUUGCGACUAAGCAUAAACAUUUAUAAUUAGUUAUUAUCAUUUAUCAUUACAUGAUAUUGUCAAUCGCAAAUAUAAAAGCGUUCACAGACACAGUCUUUUGUUUUCCGAGUAAUUGGCAAGUAUUGAUUCCAAUCGCUAUUUUAAUAACUUCCCUUUGCUGCCAAUCCAAAGCUAACUCCUAAGUUAAAUUUACUCAUUAACAAUUUAUCUAAAGUAAAUCAUCAAGAUACUCUCAUUUUCAGAAUAUCAUAAUUGCUCUCUUUUUUUCCAAAUUCACCCAAAGAAAUGAAUUAUCUAGUUAAAGCAAUUUCAAUUGUUGAAAAACCGUCUAACGGUUUAGUGUGAUCGCAAGUUUGUAUCCAUCAGCAUUAAGGCUUCAACCCUAACUGCUUAACAUUAUUUCCCAACCCUUCCAAUGAAACUUGUCUGUUAUCAAAUAUCAAACCAAAUUUGUCUUUCCAAUUUGCUCUCUUUUCCAAAUCAACCUUUUUCCAAGUUCUCUGAAUGACAAGAAUUUGAAUAUUCAUGCUGUUUAUCAAUAUUAGUUAUAAUUAUGCUUGCAAUUGAAAAGUUGACAAUUCCUGUUUGAAUAACAAAGAAAAAUGAUUGUAAUAGCAAAAUUAUCGAUUUAUAAUGAUUCGCAUAAUUAACUUUUAAUAUUUUUAACUGAGGCAAAACUGCGCUAAUAAAACUAACAUUUAAUUA